UGAAGGUUUGCGUAGCUCAAUUCCGGAGCCAUGCCAAAUGUGAGCGACCGGGAGCAUGUUGUUUUGGUGACCUACAUGAAUGAAGUGAAUCGGGAUUUUGGGUAUCUUCAGGUCAGCGCUGAGCACCACGGUUUGCUGCCUUUCAUCAUUGGCUAUGGUGAGAGGUCCUGGUGGCCAGAAGGCCUGGGCCGGAAGGUCAACGCCUUGCGCCGCUUCGUCUUCUCAGAUCGGUUUUCUUCACGGGACAUCGUGCUGUUUGCGGAUGCCUUUGACGUGCUGGUCUUCGGAGACUCGGAGAAGAUCCGGCGCGGCUUUGCCGUGAUGGAGCAAUCAACGGGGAAGAGCAUCUUCUUCCCAGCCGAGAGGAGCUGUUAUCCACCACUGGCUGAGAUAUUAGACCGCUAUCCAGCCUCAUCUACGUCGGCGCGAUAUCUGAAUUCAGGGCUUCUGAUUGGCAGAGUCUCUGAGAUCCGCAAGGUGCUUGUGCCCGACCCGGUGAACGACUGGAUGCAAUAUAGCGAUCAGCUGUAUUAUCAUGAAAAGUUUCUCGAUAAUCAGGAUGCAAUUGGCUUGGACCGGGACUGCUCGCUGCUUUGCGUGGUUGACGGGAGUCUCGCGGACGUCGGCCUGCAGCUGCUCAACGGCACGGUCGUUCGCGAGCACUCGGAGCUCGGCUCGCCCUUGCUGCUCCAUUUCCCUGGGCCUGGGCACUGGCCGGCCUGGAUCAAUGGGCUGCCAUCCACCCAUGUGCAGGAUACAUUUGCACAGGUGUACCCUGCCGAGCACAAGCUUCUUUUCGACAAGGUGCAGCUGACUCUGAGCAUUCAAGGCGCUCUGGCUCCAAGGAGGAGUCUCGAAGGUUUGGGCAAGGAUUUGCUGCUUGGCUUUGUGCGCGGCGAGGCCUGCUUGAAGUGUGCCUGGGGAAUGAGCCAUCCGAAGCAGUGCAGGGAACUUACCUGGGGCAGCAGCAACUGCCCAUCGGGCCACGCUACGCUCUUGCUUUUGCUUGUUCUGUGCUGCUUGUUGUUUUGCUGCUCUCGCUUCAGACGGAAGCCAAUGGUCCUCCCAAGCAGCCGUGAGCCUGCAGUGGAGAAGGAUGUGUGAUGGCAAGAAAGGGCAAGCAGCGCAAGCUACGUUCAAGUCGGAGUUGUUUCUCUUCUUGAGACUUUGACCCCAAUAUUCCAUUAUGAUGAUGGAAGAGCAUGGCUUGGCAGCCCUGAGAUUGAGAAGUGAUGUU